AUGUAUUAUCAAUAAGUGUUGAAUACAAAUCAAAGUCAGGCAUUUGUAAGCACAAUAAAUACUGAAAGAGCAAGAUGUCAAACUUAACAUUACAAAGAGAAUUCUAAAUCAUUUCUCUAUUAAUAGCCAAUUUAGUAGCAAUAGUAAACUUUGAAUGAAUAGUUAUUAAUAUAAAAUUAAAAGCUUAGCGAUUAAAAUGUUAGAUUAUAAAACGAGUGUAAGAGACUAGAAUACCAUUUGAAUUUAAUUUAACAGAAUUUUUAGCAAUUAAAAUAAUUGUAUGAUUAAGAUUAAUUGGAAAUGCAACGCAUAACACAUUUUUGUCAUCAACAAUAAUAAGAGCAUAAUGCAAUGUAAACAAGAAUAUUAGACUUGGAAUAAGAGAAUUUUUAACUUCAUCAUGAAAUAGAUCAUUAUUAGAAAAAUUUAAAAGAAUAAGAAUUUUUGGAGAACUAACGAAGAGAAAUUAUGAUAGGUUAAUAGAAGUUGAUAGAACUUUAAGAAGAGAUGAAAAAAGAAGUAGAACAAAUAAAGCAUGAUCCUUUAAUGGAAAUCUUGGAAUUAUGGAGAGAUAGAGCCUUGAAAUCAUGCACUUAUAAUAGUUAAUAAAAGCCAGUCAAGUAAUUGAAUACAACAAAAGAGAAAUAUCAAAAAUUGACCAGAUUAACCAUGUAAGCAGCUGAAUUAUUAAGUUUUAAAUUAAAUUAUAAAUGA